AUAGUUGACGGAGCUUCAGAAAAGUCAGACCACGAGUCAGUCGGCUGUAAUCGAUCUCCUUUCACCAGUGGAGACGCAGGGAUGGGCGGCAGGUGGUCCAGAAGCAGGGCGGUGGGUCCCACCAGGCCGAGUGACUCUUCUCGGCUGGAGGCUCCAGGAGACUGCCUGGGCUCGAUACCUGGGGAUGCCAUCUGCAAUAGUGCUCUCUCAACUGUAGACCGGCCCAAGGAGCAAGUGCUCAGCAAUGGUGACGGCAUUGAGUUGCCGCAGAGGGUCCUCUUCUCUCCAGACCAACUCAAUCUGAAGUGGACCCAGGUUCACCCUAUCGGUGCCGGACUAAAGAACAUGGGGAACACAUGCUUCCUCAACUCAACACUACAGUGUCUCACCUACACGCCUCCAUUUGCUAACUUUUUGCUGUCAGGCCUGCACUCCAAAACAUGUCACCUGUCGGGGUUCUGUAUGAUGUGUUCCAUGGAAAACCACAUCAUUGAGGUCUUUUCCAAAUCUGGGAACGUCAUCAAGAUCGUUGGUGUGGUUAAUGAGCUCCACAGGAUAGCAACACACUUCAAAAUUGGAAGACAAGGGGAUGCCCAUGAAUUCCUGCGGUACGCAAUGGAGGCUAUGCAAAUGUCCUGCUUACCUGGAACCGAAUUGGACAGGGAGACAGAAGAAACUACUUUCAUCCAACAAGUAUUUGGCGGGUACCUAAGGUCCAGAAUUAAAUGUUUAAACUGCAACGCAGUUUCGGAUAAAUUUGAGAAAUUUUUGGAUAUCACACUUGAGAUUUGUCUCUCCACGCAGGCGGCUUCAAGCGUCUCAAAGGCUCUGGAGCAGUUCUUUAAGCUUGAUCAGCUUGAAGGUGACAACGCCUACAAAUGCACCAAGUGCAAUAAAAUGGUCACAGCCGCGAAGGGAUUUAGCAUCGGCCUCAACCCCAACGUGCUCACCCUCGUACUCAAACGCUCUGUAAACAUCAAUGGACACAAAAUAACAAAAAAUAUAAAAUAUCCAGAGUACCUGGACAUGCGGCCGUUCAUGUCUCAGACUCAAGGAGAGUCCCAACUCUACAGCCUGUACGCUGUGAUGGUCCACUCUGGACACAGCUGUCGCUCUGGACACUACUUCUGCUAUAUUAAGUCGAGCGAUGGUGAGUGGCAUAAGAUGAACGACGCCUCUGUGUCUGUCAGCGACAUCAGAACAGUUCUCAACCAGCAGGCCUAUAUCCUGUUCUAUGUAAAGUCCAGUGAUGAAAAAACAGCAGACUGCAGUCACAUGAACCACAACCCUGGAAUCCCAUACAAUGACAAACUUCAGAAGCCUUCAUCUUCCAUUAGACAAAGCAAGGAGAACCGGUUAUCGUACUCCUCCUCCUCCUCCUCCUCUUGCAGCCAGCCAUCCUCUGCCAGGAUCUCCUCCUCCAGCUUUCUACCCCCCUCACAGUCUACCUCAGACGUCCACUCAGAUGUUCCGAUCAUUCAUCGUUCAUCAUCAUCUUUGUCCUCAGCGGCUACCAUUGCUGCUGGUGGUUUAGAUGAUGACCAUAGUCCAACAAGCAAAGUGGCUUAUAAUUCAGCUUCUUCAUCAGAAACCUGUUCUGCUCGGAGCAUCCAACCUGCUGCCAGUGAAAGACAGCACCUCCCUUCUCCUCACAAAACCACAAAGACGCAUUCUGUUGCAUCUGGACAAUCUGCUUCCUUCUUAGCACAUCAUGGCAGCCCAGCGGCCUUAUCCACAGCGACAGACCGCCCCGAGAGCACCAGUGGGACAUCUGCUGCUCCAGAGCAUGUUGGCAUAAGUGAGGAUGAAUCCAAGAAUCGACCACAGAAAAACGGGCCGUCGGCAGAGAUGGAAGGAAGAACGGCCGUCAAGCCCAGUUCUAGUAGCAGCAAUGGACAAUAUUCCCGAGACAGAGACAGGCUGCACUCUGACUGGACAAACCACAGGGACCGGAGCCCAGAUCAGGAGAUUGACGGUGAUCGGCACCGGCACAGACGGGACAACAGAGAUCACUGGCACAAUCAUCACUUUCACAGUGAUCAUUUGUCUCCUCACGAUCGACAUUACAGAGACUGGAACUCUGAGUGUCGCUAUGAGCGAACUGUCCACCACCCCAGGGAGACCUACCGCGACAGGUCCUCUCACCAUUACCACCGCCAACGAUCCAGAGAUGAUACGGACUUUGAGCAGAGGGGGUACCGACACUCCAACUCUGAAGAGAUUCGUAGUCGGUGGAGGUGUCCGCAGGAGAGUAGGGAAUUCCGGGUAACCGGGGAAAAGAGCCACAGCAGGGAGAGGAACUCUUACCCUUCAAAAGAGGAGACUUCAUUUCCUGCCACAGUGUCAGAUACAUCGGCGAUGUACAAAGGCUCGCCGCAUCAGCAUCCUCGCUCCAUGUCGAGAUCAGCUCCAAAGCGCAAGAGGGCAGCUGAUAAUAAUAAUGAGAAAAAUAAGUCAAAGGACAAAGACCAAGACAGAGAGAGCGGAAAUGCUGACGUGGAUUCAGAUUUAAUGGAUGAAAUGAAAAAGGAGAAGAAAAGCAGGCGCAUGGAACUUGAAAGCCGCAAGCGGAAGUUCUGUCAUAUCGAGGACAGUACAUGCAUAUAUGGUUUACCACCAGACAAAGGCCGCCACUGCUUCUCCAGUGGCAUCAAACACUAACUCUGCACAUAUAUUUUAACAGCAAAUGAAUGACAUCAACGACCUUUUGACAUGGUGCUUCUUCUUCGUUGGGAAUAAUUUGUAUAUUUACCAAGAGUUAAGUGUUAUGAAAUAUUCCCGAAAGUCUUUCUUUAAGGCGUUAACUAUUUGCUGUAAUUCUCUUUAACUAUUGGUAAAAACGGUCACCUUGUUGAACAUUUAUGAUGAAAAUAUGAAUAUAUACUCGUAUAAACACAAACAAAGCUUGGAGCUUAAAACAUCUCAACUUGUGGGAACAAGGCUUCUGACUGAAACCUCCACUUUAACCCUUUUUUUCUCAGUUUUUUAUUUUACCGUUUCCAUUUUUGCUCUGAAGCCUAAGAUUAUCUCCGUAACAUAUUUUACUUUUUUCACAAGAUGAGGAGUUUGUCUCGCCUUUCUCACAACUCUCUAACUAGCUAUUUUUUUAAAUGUUCAGAAAGAAAGCAUCAAAAAUGUAUCACCACUGUGGACCAUGUG